AUGGCGAUGAACAAGAGAGCUAACGUUCGGCUUCCACCAGAGGUGAAUAGAGUCUUGUACGUGAAAAAUCUCCCAUACAAAAUCACAGCGGAAGAGAUGUACGACAUAUUUGGGAAAUAUGGGGCGAUUCGACAGAUACGAGUAGGCAACACCCCAGAGACAAAAGGCACAGCUUUUGUUGUGUAUGAAGACAUAUUUGAUGCCAAGAAUGCCUGCGACCACUUGUCUGGCUUCAACGUCUGCAACCGCUACCUGGUUGUCCUAUACUACCAGUCUGUCAGGGCAUUCAAGAAAACAGACACUGACAAGAAGAAGCAGGAACUUGAUCAGAUGAAGAGCAAAUACGGAUUGUCUACUCCUGAAAAUAAAUAA